UUGUCAUGGCGGAGUUCGUGGACCAUGAUGAUGAAAAUUGGGAAACGAUUUUAGAGCUCUUGAAAUGAUUUUAUAUAAUAAUUAAUAUAUUUAAAAUAAGAAAUUUAAUAUGAAGUUAGUCGGUAAAGAGAUAGACAAGGACAGUAAGGGGUCAAUAACAUUGACCCCUGAAAAUCCGGAGGACAUGUGGCAUGCUUACAAUAUCAUCACAGUUGGUGACACCAUCAGAGGAUCUACCUUUAGGAAGGUGCAGACAGAGUCGUCGACGGGUACGAGCUCGAGCAGCCGUGUGCGCCUCACACUGACGCUGCGCGUGGAGGGAAUAGACUUUGACACACAAGGUUGCAUGCUGCGCGUGAAGGGUCGUAACGUCACCGAGAACGAGCAUGUCAAGAUGGGUGCCUAUCACACUAUUGAUCUUGAGUUGAACAGAAAGUUCACGUUAGGCAAGUCUGAGUGGGACAGCAUCACGAUGGAGCGAGUUGAAAGUGCCUGUGAUCCAACGGUGCAUGCGGACCUGGGGGCUGUCAUCAUGCAAGAAGGCAUCGCGCACGUGUGUCUCAUCACGCCUGCGAUGACGCUCGUGCGCGCCAAGCUGGAGACAACCAUACCGCGGAAGCGCAAGGGCCACUGCGACCAGCACGACAAGGGUCUACAGAAGUUCUUCGACCAGAUCAUGCAGGCAUUGCUUAGACAUGUUAACUUUGACGUUGUUAAGUGUGUGCUUCUAGCAAGUCCCGGGUUUGUGAAGGACCAAUUCUAUGAAUACAUGUUCCAAGUUGCUGUCAAGAUGGAUAACAAACUACUGCUGGAAAACAAAUCCAAAUUCGUGCUUGUUCAUGCUUCGUCCGGCUUCAAGCAUUCGCUAAAAGAGGUGCUGUCAGAUCCUACUGUGACAGCUAAGCUAGCAGACACGAAAGCAGCCGCGGAGGUGAAGGCUCUUGAACAGUUCUACACGAUACUGCAGUUGGACCCAGACAGAGCCUUCUAUGGAGUGAAGCAUGUAGAAUGUGCCAAUGAAUCGCAAGCAAUCGAGACUUUACUCAUCUCUGAUGAGCUGUUCAGGUCGCAAAACAUAGGAGAGAGGAAGCGGUACGUAAGCCUGGUGGAAAGUGUACGGGAAAAUGGAGGCGACGUGAAGAUCUUCUCGAGCCUUCACGUCUCGGGGGAACAGCUGGGCCAGCUGACUGGCGUAGCUGCCAUCUUGAGGUUUCCUAUGGCUGACAUGAGCGACGAAAGCUCUGAUGGCGAAGACACAUAGGGACAGCAUGCUAGGAAAUUCAUUUGUCCUCGCUGCUAUAUAUGUCCUUGUUUUCCGUGCCUCAACCCCUCAGUAUUCCUAAAUCAAGUAUGCACUAGGAAACCAUUUGAAAUAUCCACACGGCAGAGCUCUUUUUUCCCUUUGUGCACUGGGUGUCCGUCUUGCAAGAAAGUCUGCUUCGUGUUUGGGGUGAUACUCCAUUAGGAGUGUUCCCAACUUUAAUGUCAUUAAUGGUCAUAAUAAUAUAUAUAUAUAUAUAU